CUGGAGCAAUUAUUAUGUGAGAUCUUCAUCCAUCUAUGAUAUCAACGAGCAAUAUCAAAACCUCGAAGGAACACAAUAAUAUAAAGUUAUGACUCGGGUCCUAAUUGACGGGAGGCUUGACGGGUGGCUGCACCGACUGGCAUGUUUUGCCGUGGUAUAGAUGGUAAUUUGGUACCGAUUGUGCCUUUCCAAGCCCCUGUCAACAACAAGCGGGACAUAAAUCCUAUUCCGUACCUGAACAAGCCACCAUAGAGCUAAAAUGACACACCAAGGACUUCUCUUCAAAACUUCGUGACAUAGUUAAGUUUAUAACGACAAAAGGUUUCAAAAGGUGAAGUUAUAUACAUAUCUCAAAUCCGGUGUUAUGGAGUUGGAGUUUUUACGGAAUAUCUUCUGGAACGUUUAUCAUCAUGCCCACUUUGUGGGUCUACAACUCAACACCAGAGAUUAAUGCUCGAUCAAACUAUCCUCUGAUUUUAGAAGCUUCAUUCCCUUUGCUUGUGUUGAUGCUCAUUACUGUCAGUACGAGAUUGUAUGUUAGAGUACGUACUGUGCGAGGUAUUGGUGCUGAUGAUUGGGCUGUUGUGAUUGCUGCGGUAUGUUCUUCGUCCUCUAUUCCUUGACUUUAUACUGAUUCUUUACUAGACCUGUAGUAUUGUUUACAACGCCUGCACUAUUUCACGUAAGAAAUAUUUCAACCAAACUUGAUCAAAGCUAAUGGUGAAAUAGAAUCAAGAUGGGGACUAGGUUUACCUUUGGCUCUUCGGCCAGCAGUCAAUUUGGAUGCAUAUUCUAAGGCAAGACAAUCGUACUAUACAGCAGGAAAUAGCCACUGACAAUAGCAUAGGUCAACUACGCUGGUCGACCCUUUUAUAUGUUAGGCGUCUUAUGCUUCAAAGUUUCACUUUGUUUCUCCUAUUUGCGAAUUCUCUCCAAAGGACAACCAAACUAUCGUCUCUUAGUAUGGUUCGUAAUGAUCCUCUGUAUCCUAGGACACGUAGCCGGGACUCUCGCACUCAUGUUCAACUGCCAUCCGGUACAUCAACCCCUCUCAUCCCCUUCAUCACAUUACCUCAAACCCAAUACUGACCGGACAAUUUCCAGGUACAAAAAUCCUGGCUGCCCAAGACACCCGGAAAAUGUCUUCCCGUCGGCCCCCUUUUCUUUGGUCUAGCUAUCACAACAAUCAUCUUUGAUGUGAUAAUUUUCUUCCUUCCUAUUCCCUUCCUAUACGGUCUACGAAUGAAUAAUCGAAAGAAAUUUGGUAUCAUAGGCGUUUUCGCCCUUGGAAUCUUCACAACUGUUUGUUCGAUUUUGCGCAUGUCGGAAAUUCCAGUUAUCACGAACGGAAGCGGAGAUUCUACAAUGUUGGUUGUGUGGGGAAAUAUUGAAUUGAAUGUUGGGGUACGUAGUACAUUAUCCUGCACUACCUCCUCUUUCUUUACGCGAAAAUGAAAACCAAACUAACGAUCACCCGAUGCAGAUCAUCCUAACCUGCAUGCCGGUCCUCGCACCGCUCUUCAAAAUUUUCGGCAAAAAACUCACCUCCUCCGGAAACACAGGAAGUUCGAAUCCAUAUGCUCACAAUGGAAGUCAUAAUAUGCAAGUAUUUUCGCAUGGGAAUGGAAAGAGUGCCAAUGGGAAAAGUGCGCAUAGAACCACGAUUACGAAUCUGAAUCUGAGUUCGAGUAGGAAGGAGAGGAUGAGUAGGACGUUGAGAUAUCCUGGUGAUGUGAGCGAUAAUGAGAGCCAGGAGACUAUUCUAGGGAAGAGUGGUGAAGUGGGUGUGAGGGAGGGUGAGAGCAGUGUGAGUGCGAAUGAGGAAAGGGGAGGGAGAAAUAGGAAUAGUGGGGAAAGUAAGGGUGCAGAUGAUAAUGGAAUUGUUGAUGUAGAUCUGAAUACGAAUGGGAAUGCUAAUGGAGAGGAAAUAGAGGGUAUAAUGAGAACGGUACAGAUUGAAGUAUCGAGCGAGGAACGAGGAAUCCAUGACGAGGAAUUCGCUGAUGAGAAUAGACGGUGCAAUAGGUGAUUGGGAUUGCAUCGCCGAUCCUUGGAUAUCCUAUUUCCUCGUCGGUUUAUACAUCACGCUGGUUUUACGAGAUAUAUAUAUAUAUAUACAAAUCAACCGCAACUGCCGUUUCUAGGAUAUAUAAAAGCACGACCUCGAGCCUGGAUGAGCUAUCUUUGCAUUCUUUUCUAGAAAAAGAUCGCAUAACGCACUACAUAUUUGUCGUCGAUGGACCUUGGGGUCAGUCAAUUAGUCGUAUAGGUGGAAAAUUAUGUAUGAUUUAUUUACGAACACACACACUCGUUUAAAAAUUUCAUUUGUUAUUUUUCUUUUUUUUAAUUACUUUUUUUUAGAAGUAACUCGUGCUGCCAGAAAGUAUAUAAAUCCUUCCUAAACAAACUUG